CGCUCCUCCGCCAUGGUAUCUGCCUGGUGUAAUUAACCACGCCAGCAUAGGCGCGGGCCCGGCAUGCCCGAUAGAGGACAUGGAAGAGACGGGAUUUAUUAUCCCUCUGGGCGGCUACUAUGUUUGCGACUUGCGCUCCCAGCUGGUCUGCUUUCUUAUUCCUUGCGCCGUGGCGGGUUGCACUCGGCUUCUCUAUAUUUGACGAUUAGAACGAACUCUGACACUGGACAGACGACUGGAAAGGAGCCAUAGCGGUCGAGCUGGUCAGGAUGUUUUAUUUGAUCCUGGAAUUCCAACGGGCCGGGCUCGAAUGGGAGGGGAUAGACGACACGACCAACUUUAUCGCCGACACCCUGCUCCACGAGUCGCACCCCUCGACCGAGGGAAUCACGUUCAAGGGCUGCGAAACCUGGUGGGUCGAGUUUGACUCCGUCGACGCCGCCAUGAACGCUUGGAAAUCGGUGGAUUUCAAGUAUAAACGCAGCCAUCGCAAUCCCGCGUGGCUUAUACGCGUCGCUAUCUAUAAUGCCAAGAGCGACAUGACCCAACAGAUUUGGCACUUUGCUCCCACUUAAGACGCAGGGGAGCUGUUAUCUGGGCAUAUGGCGGUCAAUCAAUUCGGCGACGAGACGAGUCUUUGCGCGACGUCUUUGCCUACAAAUGUCAGUCAUUCAAUGAUACCACUUGAUCCACAAAGG